UCUCUUUCUUUUCUCACUCUCUUAUAUACCCUGCCUUAUUGUUCCUGCGUGCACGCAUAGAGAGGAACAACAGCCAGGCCGUCCUCGCAGAUUGGCUUGGAUCGCUUAACAUCUCCCAAUCUCUCAAUCUCCCCGACUUUCGUCACUCUCUUCAAGUUUAUAAAAGAUGGCCGAUGCUGAAGAUAUUCAACCCCUUGUCUGUGACAAUGGAACUGGAAUGGUGAAGGCUGGCUUUGCUGGUGAUGAUGCUCCAAGGGCGGUAUUCCCUAGUAUUGUGGGUCGACCAAGACACACUGGUGUUAUGGUUGGGAUGGGUCAAAAGGAUGCGUAUGUAGGUGAUGAAGCCCAAUCAAAAAGAGGUAUUCUUACCUUGAAGUAUCCCAUCGAACACGGUAUAGUCAGCAACUGGGAUGACAUGGAAAAGAUCUGGCAUCAUACAUUUUACAAUGAACUUCGUGUUGCUCCUGAAGAGCACCCUGUGCUCCUCACUGAGGCACCUCUCAACCCCAAGGCCAAUAGAGAGAAGAUGACCCAAAUCAUGUUCGAGACCUUUAAUGUGCCUGCCAUGUAUGUGGCCAUCCAGGCUGUUCUCUCGCUCUAUGCCAGUGGUCGUACAACAGGUAUUGUGCUGGAUUCUGGUGAUGGUGUGAGUCACACCGUGCCAAUCUAUGAAGGAUAUGCCCUCCCACAUGCAAUCCUUCGUUUGGACCUUGCUGGUCGUGAUCUCACAGAUUCUUUGAUGAAGAUUCUCACUGAGAGAGGGUAUAUGUUCACCACCACAGCUGAGCGGGAAAUUGUCCGUGACAUGAAGGAGAAGCUUGCAUAUGUUGCCCUCGACUAUGAGCAGGAGCUUGAAACUGCUAAGAGUAGCUCCUCAGUUGAAAAGAACUACGAGUUGCCUGAUGGACAGGUUAUCACCAUUGGAGCUGAGAGAUUCCGUUGCCCUGAGGUCCUCUUCCAGCCAUCGCUCAUUGGAAUGGAAGCCGCUGGAAUCCACGAAACUACCUACAACUCUAUCAUGAAGUGUGAUGUGGAUAUCAGGAAGGAUCUUUAUGGUAACAUCGUUCUCAGUGGUGGUUCCACUAUGUUCCCUGGUAUUGCAGACCGUAUGAGCAAGGAGAUCACUGCUCUUGCUCCAAGCAGCAUGAAGAUUAAGGUUGUGGCACCACCAGAGAGAAAAUACAGUGUCUGGAUUGGAGGGUCAAUUCUUGCAUCACUCAGUACCUUCCAGCAGAUGUGGAUUUCCAAGGGAGAGUAUGACGAGUCUGGUCCAUCCAUUGUUCACAGGAAGUGCUUCUAAGUUGUUACAAGUGCUUUGAUGGUGAGUUAUUUUACUUAAAUUGGCUUUUUGUGUCGUGUCUUUUGAACUCAAAUUCUGGUUGAUGCGGAAGGUGCUGAGGCAGGGUUCAUUGAAGGAGGGUUUACCCAGAUUUCGAUGUAUCAUAAAGCUUCUCGUUCCGUUAUGAUUCUGCAUUUAUUCUUGCGGUGCCUUUCAGGCUUAUCUGUAAUGGCCCUCUGGAAGUGGUGGGCAGACCUUUAUUAGUCAAGUCCUGGCUUGCCUCACUUUGUCUGUGGAUCACAAGUCUGUCUUAGGAAAAAGCUUGUAGCUGGAGAGUGAUUGUGAUGCUUUUUUUUUUCUUCCUCUUUUCACUUUCAGAUUGAAGGACUUUUUAUGCUAUGAGAAAUUUAAUGUUAAUAGAUAUUGUAUGAGAAUUUAUAUUAGUGUCAGUUUGUGGUCAUAAACUUGCCAUGGAAAUUAUAUUUAUUACGUUGUUUGAAACUUCUUCG